AUCUUAAAUCGGUCCAUUUAAGCGAACGUUGGCAUUUAUGCUCAUUUUGCGUAUUUAUUUAAUUUAUAUAUUUAUUAAAUGCUUUGAAUGCAUAACGAUAAAGGAGCUGAUUUUGGUAUAAAUAUCUGAGCCUACUGUAUAAAUAUCAGCUGAGCAGUUUUGGCAACACCAGCAACAUGUUCAAGUGUUGUUUAAUCAUUGCAUUGUCUUCGAUAACCCUCGGCGUAGACGCCUUAUACCGAGUCGACGUCCAAAAAUUAUCAGUUUGGACGGAGGGCUCAGUGCAAUAUUUCAAUGGUCAGUGCGAGCUUCUUGUAGACAAGUCCUAUCAAAUAGGACAGGUGGUGGUGGAAAUGAUACUUGACACACCUACAACAAACUUGCAAAUAUGGAAGUUGGAAGUGUCCGAUGCCAGUAGUGACGGAACGGUAUAUUUACUGGACAAUAAAUAUGAAAUGCACGCGGGAGUGGAGACAGUAGAUUUUAUUUUUCAAUAUAGCGGUAACAGCAUUCCUACUGGGGAAUGUAUUGUAAAUCUUCCCUCCCCUAAUCAGUCAACAACUUCGUCAACAACUUCCUCAACGACUUCCUCAACAACUUCCUCAACUAGUCCUCAAUCCACUACCACCACUACUACCACUACCACAACGCCGUCACCAAUUACGUCACAAUCUACAGGAAGUGACGUCUACCAGGUGCCCGUUGUAAAGGUCCAGGAUCCAUGGUCUAGUGGAUCUUCUUGGACAUUUAAGGCCAAGUGCACCUUUGACGUCUCCAGCUCCUUUCCAACUGGGACCCUUUUCGUUGAUUUGAUGCUAAACCAGGAAACUUCUAAUUUACAGAUUUGGAAAAUGAAUAUCUUAAGCGAUAAUUUAAAUGGUAUUUAUUAUGAACUCGUCAACAAAUACUGGGUAUCCCCUGGGUUGUUUGAAUUUAAUUUCAUCAUCACCUACAACGGCAACAGGGAUGAUUAUCCUAGAGGAUCUUGUUCCACUAGAAACCUCACGCCUGGAUCAACACAAUCAACUUCUACAACAACGCAGUCAACUUCCACAACAAGUACGACAACAACGACGACACCAACAACAAGUACAACAACGACAUCUAGUGGUGCCUCUAGUACCACCACCACCACCUUACCCCCGAACACAUCACAUAACUAUGGCCUUGUCCUGGAAAAAUCAAUCCUGUUUUAUGAGGCUCAGCAGUCUGGAGCUCUUCCUCCUGAUCACCGAAUAUCCUGGAGAGGGGACUCAGCUCUUAAUGACUUGGGAAUAAACGGAGAGGACCUAACAGGAGGAUGGUAUGAUGCUGGGGAUGGUGUCAAGUUUAACUUGCCUAUGUCUGCGUCAGUAAUAAACCUUGCUGUGGGUUUAUACAAAUGGAGAGACGCCUACGCUGCAUCUCAACAACUCCAAUAUAUGUACAAAUCAUUAAAAUGGCCGCUCGACUACUUCCUCAAAUGCUGGCAAAGUGAUAGUCAAAUUUACUAUGCACAGGUAGGUAAUGGUGAUCUGGACCAUGCUUACUGGGGUCGACCAGAAGAUAUGAACAUGGACCGACCGCCAUAUUAUCUCACCAGUUCCAAGAGAGGAAGUGACGUUGCAGGAGGAACUGCAGCUGCGCUAGCAGCAGGCGCCAUCGCCUUUAAAAAUGAAGAUCCUUCUUAUUCAUCUACUCUUCUGGCCAGUGCUGAGAGCCUCUAUGCAUUUGCAAAGGCACAUCCAGGGACAUACAACACCGAUAUUCCACAAGGUGCCCAGUUUUAUCGUUCAUCAGAGUAUAAAGACGAGAUAUGUGUUAGUGCUGCUCUUCUCUACAAUGCCACACAGAAUCAACAGUAUCUCAGUGACUCGGUAGACUUCUACAACAGCUAUUCUCACAGCGGCUGGGCAUACGACUGGGACGACAAAACCAUGCUCUGUGACAUUCUUCUUUAUGAAAUAACCAAAGAAUCAAGAUAUAAAACAGCUGUGCAGAACUUCAUUACUUCUUACAUGCCGGGGGGAUCUGUGACCUACACACCCGGUGGUCUUGCCUAGGAAUGGGGGCCACUGAGAUACUCUGCAAAUGCUGCUUUUAUCGCCCUCCUGGCGGCUGAUGCUGGCAUUGGUAACGCAGCAACAUAUCGCCAGUGGGCGGAGUCACAGAUUCAUUAUAUGCUGGGCGAUAACAAUAGUGGCUUUAGUUAUGUUAUUGGUUAUGGUGCUAACUAUCCACUGAGACCGCAUCAUCGGGGAAGUUCUUGUAAAGAUGUUCCGGCUUCGUGUACCUGGGCAGAUUUCAACAGUCCUGGCCCUAAUCCACAGGUCCUACAGGGGGCGCGUGGGGGUCCCAGUUCGGAUGAUUUUUAUGAGGACAAAAGAGACAAAUACGUGACCAAUGAAGUAGCAUGUGACUACAAUGCUGGUUUCCAGUCUGCUGUGGCAGGACUUCUUCACUUUGCAAUGAACUAACUGUCUCCGGAAAAUGCACUGGAAGGAAAAAGAUAUCUGCUGUGGUGCUCAAACAUUGUUCUAAUUAUUUAUUUCAUAAUUCUUCUACGCUAUUUAUGCUUGACUUUAUUGUUAUGUAUAAUUUUUCAACAUAUCGAUUUGUGAUCUAAAAAAGGAAAUUUUGACAGUUUCACUGGAAAAAAACACCGAUGACUUGUUAAAGCUGUUUUCUCAUUUUUGUGGAACAUCCAUUUCAUUUGUAAAAAAAUAUAUGAGAAUUUUGUUUUCGUAUUUUUAAUUUACAGUGUUAUCUUUACCGAGUAGGAGCAUACAUACUUUGAUAUUGAUAUUAAAGCAUAGCUUCUGAAAGGAUUAAUUAGCAAUUUUGGAGAAAAAAAACCAAACAAGUAAAACUGUAAUAGAGGCGAUCUCAAUGCUGUAGAAUGUUAAGAUACCUGUAUUCCCUCCUUUAAAACAAUAUUAAAAAUUGCAUAUUACAAGUAUUAAAACUGUUCUAAAUGUAACUCUUAAAUUUUGAAUGGAUAAUUUGUUGAGCAUUAUCUUGUAUAGCUUAUGAUUAUGAAAACCUAUUAGCGCAUAAUAUAUACUUGUCGGUUUCGUACAUCUUAAAUAAUUUCUGUUCAUAAUUUAAUCA